UGUGCUUAUAGUCGCAUGCUUGGAACAGAGAACAGCAGAGUUGUAUUUGUCUCCAUUCUACUACUUAGAAGGAAAGCUUUCAGUUCUCUAUAAUAAAAGGUUUACAUCAUAAUUUUUAAAAGCAUAAUUCACCAUUUUAACUAGUAAUCAAAGAAAAUUAAAAAAGGAGAAAGUCAGCAGGUUCGAUUGGGAGUCUGCACCACAUCGACGUGAACAAUAAAAGAAGGAAAAUUAAUGGAGGAGACACAACUUGGUGUUCUUAAACGGUAGCUGCCAGGACAUUCUGCUAAACAUCGCCUUAAUGCGCCACUGAAGAAACAAAGCUGUACAGGUUUGCAAUGACAUGAGGCAGUGAAUAAGGCACCAUGCCGGGACUGAGGGACCAGACGGCACAAUCUGUUCUCUAUCUAUCCCUGCUGGUUUACUUCUGGACUGUAAACGGAUUGACAGAACACUGCAAAUCAGAGAUCAGCCACACAGCUCCAGAGCAACAUGUGGAGGACGGAAAGGCAACAUCUGGAGCAGAUGUUCCACAAGUGAAGAUAAUUCCACCCAAUGCAAGGAUUGAAGUUGGACAGUACAAACGAUUGCUGUGCAAAGUUGUUGGGAAAGCAGAUGAGAUUCACUGGUUUUCUCCUAAUGGUGAGAAGAUUCUAACAAAACAUGACAAUCUCAAGGUGCGCAAUCAUGGCAAUUCCUUGUCCUCUCUCAUUGUUCUCAAUGCCAAUUUGAACAAUGCUGGGAUAUACAAAUGUGUGGCCAGAAACGGAGACACAGAAUCACAAGCCACGUUCAAGCUGGACAUCAUUUUAAAGAGAAUGCGUAGAGAAACUGAGAGGGAGGGAAGAGGAAAACGACAGAAAGAGCCCAAGCCCACCAAGAAGCCCAAAGUUCCUAAACCCACCAAGAAACCCAAGGGCGAGAAGAAAGCCAAAGGAGAGAAGGGUGGGAAGAAGAAAGGCAAGAAGAACAGGGAGGAGACCACCACCACCACUACCACUACUGUGGCACCCACCACCACUGUGGCACCCACAACCACUGUGCCCAUUGAGUAUGAUGAGGAGUUUUAUGACCCUGAACCUGACCAGUACUGGGAUGAAGAAUUUCCUGCAGAGACAACAACAGCGGCAAAACCUACAAACCCUCCGACAGAGAAGACCACAGAUUUCCCAACAGAUUUUCCUCCUGACACGGAUGAGUAUUCCCAACCUUAUCCUGACUCAUACGAUGACUAUUGGAAGGUGGAUGAGCCCACACCUACAACCUCUGUGAUUGCUGGCCGUCCAGCUGAUGAUGAUGAUUAUUGGGAUGCCAGAUACGAGGUGGCAGAAAACCUGCCUUUCCCUGAUGGCAAAGAGAUCAGCUCUACCGACAAUGACUGGCGUUUCACUACCACAGAGGAGCCCACCGUCCCUCCAUUUGAAAACAACUGGUAUGAAGAAUAUGAAUAUGGACAUGAAAAGAAACUGGAAGAGGAGAGGGAAAGGGAGAGAAAAGAACAACUGGAAAGAGAAAGAGAAGAGAAGAGGCAUGAAGAAGAGGAGGAAAGAGAACGCAGGAUUCAGAAACCUCCACCACGCGUGUACAGAGAGCCUAAAAUUUGUCCUCCUCUGGGUAUGGAGUCUCAUCGCAUAGACAAUGACCAGCUGCUGACUUCCUCUGUUUAUCAACAUCGCUAUGGCUCACACAGAGCUCGUCUUAAUAUUCAGGCGUCUGGUGAUGAAGAUGAUAUGAAUGGUGGGGCAUGGUGUGCUAACCCUGAAGAGAAGAUCCACUGGAUUGAACUGGACGCACGUACACUAACAGAGUUCACUGGCGUUAUCACCCAAGGUCGAGAUGACCCCUUAGAGAGCGACUAUGUGUCUACCUAUUAUGUAGCGUUUAGUAACGACAGCAGAGAAUGGACUGUCCUUGAUGAUGGAUAUGCUGAAUGGUUAUUCUUUGGCAACUCAGAUAAAAACACCCCAGUGUUGUCUCAGUUUAUGGAGCCGAUAGUGGCACGUUACAUCCGUAUCUUACCACAGAGCUGGAAUGGUACUAUGUGUAUGAGAAUGGAGGUUUUGGGCUGUCCAGUACCAGAUCCUCUCAGCCAGUACCAAAGUCAGAAUGAAGUGACACAUCGAGAUGACCUGGACUACACCCAUCACAACUACCUAGACAUGGAGAAGCUCAUGAAAUCCAUUUCUGAGGAGUGUCCCAACAUCACUAGGUUCUACAGUUUGGGCAAGAGCUUUAAAGGUCUGGAAAUUUAUGCCAUGGAAAUUACUGAUAACCCUGGGAUGCACGAAACAGGAGAGCCAGAGUUCAGAUAUACAGCAGGUUAUCAUGGUAAUGAGGCUUUGGGAAGAGAGCUUCUUCUAAUGCUCAUGCAGUACCUGUGUAGAGAGUAUAAAGAUGGCAACCCUCGAGUGCGCCACCUUGUGGAUGAGACCCGAAUUCAUCUGGUGCCAUCAGUCAAUCCUGAUGGCCAUGUGAGAGCUUUUGAGAAGGGCUCAGAGUUGGGCAGCUGGACAUUAGGGCACUGGACUGAAGAUGGCCAUGACAUCUUCCAGAACUUUCCAGACAUAAAUAACCUUCUUUGGGAUGCAGAGGAUAAGGGCAUGGUGCCCAAAUUAACACCAAAUCACCAUGUACCCAUCCCUGAGGGUAUUCUUUCAAGCAAUGGCUCAGCUGCACUGGAGACUCUUGCCCUUAUCUCCUGGAUGGAGAGUCAUCCAUUUGUGCUUGGUGCCAACCUGCAGGGUGGCGAGAGACUGGUGACAUACCCCUUCGACAUGCGCCGCCUCACCAAAGAGUCUGAGGAGAUGGAGAAAAAACUCAACUCCAGAGCAAAUAGACGGAAGCGACAGUACGAGGAAGAGGAAGAAGAACCCAACCCUUACCUUCACAUUGGAUACCAUCAGGAGACCUACAGUGGCCCCCAAGAAAACCAUGCAUAUCAUCAAGAGAACUAUGGAUACCAUCAGGAAAGUUAUGGUUACCACCAUCAGAACCAAGGGUACCAUGAGGAGAACCAAGGAUAUCACGAUGAGACCCAAGGGUACCAUGAUGAGAACCAAAGGUACCAUCAUGAGGGUCACUCUGAAGGGUACCAUGAAGGGUAUCAAGAAGGAUACCCAGAGGGAUAUGGAGAGAGUGAACCAGAGGAAGAGAUCAGAGUGGUUGAGGACCAGUCUUUGUUCCGCUGGUUGGCCAUAUCUUAUGCCUCUACUCACCGCACCAUGACUCAGACCUAUCAGGGUGGAUGCCAUAGUGAUGAUCCAACAGGUGGGCUGGGAAUUGUCAACCGUGCCAAGUGGAAGCCCAUCCCAGGAAGUAUGAAUGACUUCAGCUACCUUCACACUAACUGUUUUGAACUGUCAAUUUUCUUGGGCUGUGAUAAGUUCCCCCAUCAGAGUGAACUUUUAAGAGAGUGGGAGCAUAACCGAGAGGCACUGCUGACCUUCAUGGCUCAGGUGCAUCGGGGCAUUAAGGGAGUUGUGAGGGAUAAAGAGGGAAACCCUAUUCCCAAUGCCACUGUGUCUGUGGAGGGAGUCAACCAUGAUGUAAGGACAGGUGAAUCUGGAGAUUAUUGGCGACUUCUAAACCCUGGUGAAUACCGUGUAACUGCCCGAGCAGACGGCUACUCUUCCUUCACCCGUCUAUGUGUGGUGGGGUUUGACCCAGGUGCUACCUUGUGCAACUUUGACCUCAACAAGUCUAACUGGGACCGCAUCAAACAGAUCAUGGCUCUCCAUGGCAAUAGGCCCAUCCGGUUGCUAAGCAGCGGCAACAGGGGCGGUGGGCGGCACAUUUCACACAGCACUAACCAAAUCCCACAUUCUAAAUUCAGUAACCAAAUUCCUGAUGGUAACGGUGGGGACAUGAAAAGGGCCCGUCUCCGUCAAUUAAGGCUAAUGAGAAUCCGCCACCUACGGCAGCAGAGGCUUCUGGCCAGCAAAACGACACCCCCUACCACAAUCAUGACUACCACAACUUCACUUCCAACUACCACAGAGAAUACAACCCCCUGGUAUGACCCCUGGCCCAUUGGGGAAACCUAUGAAGAGAGCACAACCCCACCAGAAGAGAUUGAGUUGACAGAUGCACUGGACUACAACUACAAUUACAAGAUAGAUGAUUAUUAAGAGCAAACUACAGAUCAAAGUUUUUGUCAUUGUAUAGGUCAUUGUUGCCAUGCUUUUACACCUUGCUUUUAUUGGACUCAGUGACUAUGAAGAGAUCAGAGUAAAGAGGUGUUACAUCUAGAACUAGAGUAUUCUGGCAACACUAAAAAUUUCUUUCCACAGUUUUGAAGUAAUUACACAAAAGAUUUUUAUUCCAGAAUAUGAAAGUUGACCUCGAUAAUUAAUAACACUCAAUUUUCUGAUCACAAAUAGGUUGAAAGCAGCAUCCAAUGGCUUCCAAAGCCUUAAAGUAGUAAGAAUAAUUCUGUUCUGUAUUCCUGGUUACACAUUUACUGUAUACUACAGUAUUCUACCAAAACAUAACAUGAAAACUUCUCAUAUGACCAUCAUGCCCACUGAGGGGAAAUAAGAAUGUUUUAAUGCAAGAGAAGGGGCUGUGUUACCAUUUCUCUCACAUAAACAUUCAGUCUUUGUUUGUACAGAGCAAGUGUACAGGGAAGAUUUUCCCUUAAAGUUCCACUAGGUUCAGUGGCCUGCUCUAAAGGACAGUUUCUUUUCAAUAAAUAAAGUCUUGUUUUCCUAUUCA